AUGCUUAUUCCCAAGGCCGAUCGCAAGGCGAUUCACGAGUUAGUCUACCACCAAACUCCAAAGGGCGUUCUCGUCGCGAAGAAAGACUUCAACCUCCCCAAGCACGGAGACAUCGAUACCAAGAACCUCUACGUCAUCAAGGCUUGCCAGUCUUUGACCUCCCGCGGUUACCUCAAGACCCGCUUCUCGUGGCAGUACUACUACUACACCCUCACCCCCGAGGGUCUUGACUACCUCCGCGAGUGGCUCCACCUCCCUGCUGAGAUCGUCCCCCAGACGCACAUCAAGCAGCAGCGCUCGCACGCUCCCCCCCGCGGCAUGCUCGGUGGAGACGAGCGCGAGAGGCGCCCCGGCGGCCGUGGUGGCCCCCGCGGUGACCGUGACGGAUACAGGCGUCGUGAUGCCGGCGAGAAGACCGAGGGCGGUGCCCCCGGUGAGUUCAAGCCCGAGUUCCGUGGUGGCUUCGGCCGUGGACGUGGCGCCCCU